UUGUCCCCGUGCCACCCCCUUUGGAGCGCCGGGCGCGGUGGCGGUGCCGCCAUGGCGGAGGCUGCGGUCCCAUGCCGGGUGCAGUACCUGGAAGACUCCGAUCCUUUCGGCUGUGGCAGUUUCCCGGAGCCCCGACGUGCGCCUGUUUACGCCGUGGAGGAAGCGCUGGCCCUGGGAGCGCAGCUGCCCGCGGUGCACCGGCUGCUCGGAGCGCCGCUGCCGCUGGAGGACUGCACGCUGCAGGUGUCCCCAUCCGGCCACUACCUGGACCUGGAGCUGUCCCUGCUGGAGCAGAAGGAUGACCUGGAGGCCUUCUACGAGGAGGUCAGGAAGGGCCGUCGGCCAACGCUGAUCCUGCGCACGCAGCUCUCUGUCCGUGUUCACGCCAUCAUUGAGAAGCUGUACAACUCACAGGGCCCGGAGCUGCGGCGCUCCCUCUUCUCCCUCAAACAGCUCUUCCAGGAGGACAAGGACCUGGUGCCAGAGUUUGUGAACCUGGAUGGGCUGACGUGCCUGAUCAAUGUGGGGGCAGAGGCGGACCAGAACUACCAGAACUACAUCCUCCGUGCCCUGAGCCAGAUCAUGCUCUUCAUGGAUGGGAUGCAGGGUGUCAUCAACCACAACGAGACUGUCCAGUGGCUGUACACGCUGUCAGGAAGCCCGUUUCGCUUGGUGGUGAAGAUGGCCCUGAAGCUGCUGCUGGUCUUUGUGGAGUACACAGAGCCCAAUGCCCUGCUCCUCAUCCGUGCUGUCAACGCUGUGGAUCAGGCAAGAGGUGCAUGCCCAUGGUCCAACCUGAUGGCCAUCCUUGAGCAGCGAAAUGGGGCUGACACAGAGCUGCUGGUGUUCGCCAUGACGUUGAUCAACAAGACGCUGGCCGCCCUCCCAGACCAAGACUCCUUCUACGACGUGACGGACUGUCUGGAGCAGCAGGGCAUGGAGAGGGUCGUGCAGCAGUAUUUAAGCAGCAAAGGCACCGACCUCGACCUUAAGCAGCAGUUUGUCCUCUAUGAAAGCGCACUGCGGCUGGAGGAUGGCGUGGAGGAGCCGCCAGCAGGCGGGCGCAAGGAGCGCAGGAAGACAGAUGAGGGGCGGCGUGGGUGGAGGGCACAAGGGGGAUGUGCUGAGCCUGAGCCUCUGCAGAGCCCAGGGAGCCCCGAGUCUCCAAAUGAGACCCCCAGCACCCUGAAGGAGCCUCCUAUUGAGCAUCCUGAUCUGAGCAUCCCUGUGGAACCCUGCCCCAAGAGCGUCUUCAGCAGCGCGUCCAGCCUGCGGCUCAGCCUGCCCAGCCCCCCAGCUGAGAAGGAGCCCCCCAGCGUGGGGGAGAGGAGUGUCUACAAAGCUCGCUUCUUGGAGAACCUGGCUGCUGCCCAGAAGGAGAAGAUGUCCGCCAUGGCCAAGGGACGGAUCGACAUCCUCAGCGAUGUUCCACCACUGGAGCAUCCCAUUGCUUGGGAUGGGGACAGCAGCAACCCUGAUUCCGGCACAGAACCACCUCACAUGAGGUCCCACGCAGGCCGGCAGGAUGUCUCCAACUCCUGCAGCACCAUCUCUGAUACCAGGUUCAUGCUGGACAUGCUCUAUGCCAAGGGCUCCUCAGAGGCAGGGAGGCAGAACAUCUUUUCUGAGGAGCCAUCAUUGUCAUCACGCCAAGGAGAGGUGGAGACGGACGCAGGGUCCAGCCAUGCCAAGGGACCUGGUAGUCAGGAACAAGAGAGUGCCCGGACCCACGGCAGGGCUCCAGACGGGCUGGUGGCAAGUGCCCAUGCCAAGCUGGCACGCGCUGCAUCCAGCAUCGAUGCCGAGAGCCACACGCAGAAGCUGGAGAGCACUGUCAUGAUGCCCGUCAAGAACGACACAGAGUUAUCGUGGGAGCGCCUGGAGGCUGGUCCUGUGCAACUGAAAAUCAAGGACCUGGACUUCACCGACCUGGGGGAGGAGGAGGACUUUGACGUUUUGGACUCAGGGCCCAUCACCAAUGGCUCCUUCCUUCCUGCCAGCAUCGAGGCAGCGAGCGCUGGAGUUCUCAUGGCUCCCCCUCCACUUCCUAUGGCCGGUUGCCCACCGCCUCCACCUCCUCCUCCAAUGGUCCCUGGUUGCCCACCUCCUCCACCUCCUCCCCCAGUUGUCCCUGGUUGCCCACCACCUCCACCUCCACCACCCAUGGUCCCUGGCUGCCCACCUCCCCCAGGGUUCUCAGGCCCCUCAGCCACGGACGGCCCUUCCCAAGCCAAGAAGAAGAGGACAGUGAAGCUCUUCUGGAAGGAGCUGAAGCAGCUGGAUGGCACUGUGGGGUCAGGCAGGUUUGGGCAGGCAACACUGUGGGCAUCCCUGCAAAACGUUGAGGUCAACACUGCAAAGCUGGAGCAUCUCUUCGAGUCCCGUGCAAAAGAGAUGCCAGCUUCCAAGAAAGUUACUGAUGGGAAGAAAGUGGUGGUGGUGCUGGAUCCCAAGAGGAGCAACGCCAUCAAUAUUGGCCUGACGGUGCUGCCACCUGUGCACAUCAUCAAGACAGCUGUGCUCAACUUUGAUGAGUUUGCAGUCAAUAAGGAAGGGAUUGAGAAAAUCUUGACUAUGGUCCCAACUGAGGAGGAGAAGCAGAAGAUCCAGGAGGCACAGCUGGCGAACCCCGAUGUCCCCCUGGGCUCUGCUGAACAGUUCCUACUCUCAUUGUCCUCCAUCAGUGACCUGACGGCCAGGCUCCAGCUCUGGGCCUUCAAGCUGGACUACGAGAGCCUGGAACAGGAAAUUGCAGAGCCGCUGUUUGAUCUGAAAGUGGGCAUGGAGCAGCUGGCCAGAAAUCACACCUUCAAGUGCAUCCUGGCCACACUGUUGGCCAUGGGCAACUUCCUGAAUGGCUCCCAGAGCAGAGGCUUUGAGCUGGGCUAUCUGGAGAAGGUGUCGGAGGUGAAGGACACGGUGCACCGGCAGUCCCUGCUCCACCACCUCUGCCAGAUGGUGGUGGAGAAGUUCCCAGAAACCACGGACCUCUACUCAGAGAUCGCAUCCAUCACACGAUCUGCCAAGGUUGACUUUGAUGAGUUGGCCAACAGCCUGGUGCAGCUGGAGCGGCGCUGCCGGGCCUCCUGGGACAACCUGAAGGUGAUUGCCAAGCACGAGGCCAAGCCAGUGCUGAAGAGCAAGCUGACCGACUUCCUCAAGGACAGUACCCAGCGCAUCGUCGUCUUGAAGGUGGUGCACCGGCGUGUCCUUAACAGGUUCCACUCCUUCCUGCUCUACCUGGGGUACCCGGCAAGUGCUGCACGGGACGUGAAGGUGAUGCCCAUCUGCAAGCUGCUGCGGGAGUUCGCCCUGGAGUACCGCACGUGCCGGGAGCGCGUCCUGCAGCAGCAGAAGAAGCGUGCAGCACACCGCGAGCGCAACAAGACGCGUGGACGGCUCAUCACAGAGACUGAGAAGUUCUCUGGGAUCGCCGAGGCAUCGCCACCCGCUGUGGUGUCAGCCAGCCCUGUGCAGCAGGAGCAGGCAGAGGAGGGCCAUGAGAGCAUGAAGAGCGUCCUGAGCUCGCCCACAGAUGUCCCUGCCCGCCGCAGUCGGGGUGGCCGCGGGAUGGGGCUCGCCACCCCCAGCCAGGGCUCCCCAGCCCAGGAGGAUGUCCCCAGCUCACCCGAUGAUGCCUCGGAUGAGAUCAUGGACCGCCUGGUGAAGUCAGUGACGCACAGUGCCAACCCCCGUCCCUGCCCCAGCCGCGAGCGCAGGAGGUCCCGCGGCAAUAGGAAGUCCUUGCGACGGACGCUGAAGAGCGGGCUGAGCGAUGAGCUGGUGCAGGCGCUGGGCUUGGGAAAGGCACCAGGCAUGGAGGUGUGAAGUGACCACCUGCAUCCCAUGGGGAAGGACACGGGGACGCUCUGCACCUUUGGUCUCACCUCCAGCUCCAGAGCACAAUGGGAGCAAUGCCCCAGAGCUGCUCUGUGGGGUCAGGAUGAAGGAUGAAGGAUGGAGGAUGGAGGAGCACAUGCUGUGGUGGAAGUCAGAGCAGUACUGGGAGGAGAGGGGCUGGACACAGACCCCCAGUGGGAGCUGGGUCUGGCUGCUGUGACAAUAAAGUGAUGUGAUGUGUGCUGCUGGCA